AUGACAAAUGUGAAUACACCAUCAAUGACGCCAGUAUCAUCAAGAACUUCAAUAAAUAUAUCAAAGCUGGCAACAUUAUUUCACAUUAGUCCUUCCCAGUUGAAUAUGCUUCUUCCACGUGUAUCAUGUAAUGAAAUAUCUGGAAUACUUCAUCGACUCGGUUCAGCCAAUACUGAUGCUUUAUUUCAAACAGUACGUAUUGAUAAUUUACUGGAAUCUUCAUUCUCGAAAACAGAUGCCACCACAACCACUACUAUAAUAAAAACAACACCACAGGCAAAUCAAAUUUAUUUUCGACUCAAAGAACAGACAAUAUGGUCUGAUAUUUAUGUGCAUAAUACUGAGAUGAUUGCCACAAACACAGGAAGACGAAUAUUUCCAUCAUUAUCCAUUGAUGUAUUUGGAUUGUAUCCAUUGGAUGAAUAUAUUUUCCUGUUGGAUAUGCUGUUGAUUCAACCGCAUAUAUUCAAGCAUCAAGGUGAUAGAUGGGUUGUUAAUAGUCAAUCCGAAGAAAUGAUCGAUUCUCAGUCAUUAGAAGGCAAGUAUUACAUUCAAGAAGAAUCACCUAAAACUGGGGCAUACUGGAUGGAAUCUGGUGUGAACUUCACUCGAGUCAAGAUAACAAAUAGUAAGGAAGUAAAACCACACAAAAAUUUGAUUCAUGUCAGCAGUAUGCAUUACUACAUCCCACGGAUUUCAGUUGCUCGUAUCAAUCGCCCGAAUGAUAACCCGUCAAACUUUUAUCAUACUUCAGUUAGUGCAUCACCAUUAUAUAUGCCUCAAUCAUACCAGUUGGAGCUGAUCGGUGCUUAUAUAAUACCCGGCACACAAUUCUACACAGUUACAGCCUAUCAAAAUCCAGAUGUUAUACGCAUCAAGAUUAACAAUAAUCCAUUUGCUAAAGGAUUUAGAAAUCGACAAGAUACUGAUGAGUUAAACGAAAUGGCAGUCCUGUCCAUGAUGAAUAUAAAGAAUAAAUAUAUCAGGUCAUCCUCAUCUUCAUCAUCACCAAUUCUACUACCGUCUUCAUCAUCUUCACUGACUUUUUCUAGGAAAACACCACAGUUAUAUGAGUCUGGAUUUUAA